UAUAAAAUGUGUAUAUUUAUAUAACUCUAAUAUUUUUUUAAUUCUUGACAAUACUAAUAUCAAAAUUUUAGUAGCGUUAUAUGAUUUAUGUAAAUAUAUGAAUUUCGAUUUUUGAUAGUCAAGCCUAUUGACAAACAUAAAUCAGCUGCUUCAUGUUGUCUUGCAUGAAUUCGCCUCAGUUUAGGUAUUUUGAUGAAAUCUGGUAAUACCAACAGCUUGACUGUAUUAAAUUGUUGAAUUUAUUUUCCGUUUGGAAUUUGAAUUUUUAAUAUAGUGAGCAUAUUUUACAUUAUGAUUAAAAAUAUUGUAAAUCAAUAUAUUUUAGAGCAGUUAAUGCAUUUUAAAGAUGGUAAUCGUUGUUGCCAAAAAUUUAGUGGAUCUUUUCGUUCUACAGAAAGAACAACUUUCAUUGAAUACGCUUAUAAACUUGGAUACAACAGUCGUCCAUUUGUGAAUAAUGGAAUAGAAUUUAUAAAAAUUUUCAAAAAGAAUUGCUUGCAUUUCGUGAAGUAUAUACCAGAGUUGCGACUUUCAUCACAUUCUGAAAAGGAGCUUUUUCUAUUGCAACGUGAAAGUGAUUUUAUUGGCAGUCAACUCGAGAUGCAAAUGUCGCCAGAGUUCUUCAGCCCCAAUUGCGUAAGGCCUUCUAUACCUCCGCACAGAUUCUCCUUAGGCCUAAAGCAAUCAAUGGCUCGUAAAAAUGUUCGUGGACAACUAUGUUUUCAAGACAAUUGUCCUUUGCAAUCAUACAAAAUUGGUUUGCUUGAGACCAUUUAUCGUAGCAGAGUAUUGAUAGUAAACGGUGACUACAUCUUUGAGAAAUCAACGGGAUUGCCAAUGUACAUAAUCGAAAAUUGUGCUGAAAGACAAACUCAUUGCAAAAUAAUUUGCGUUGAGAGAGAACAGAUAUUAGCUAUUCAUAAUAGUGAAAAGCUUUCUGAUUACUUGGGUGAGAAAGUGGGCAAUACUGUAGCCUUUCAAAUUCAUCUUCAAAGCCGAAUUAGCGAAGGCUCAAAUCUUAUCUAUACAACUUCAAGUUUUUUACUACGUGUACUAAUGGGACAAAGCAUUGUGGAUAGUUUCCGACACAUUUCACAUAUAAUUGUUAAUGAUGUAUAUCGACAUGAAGCAUUUACAGAUUUGUUAUUAAGUGAAUUGCGUUCUGCUCUCCGUUGUCACGCACAUCUCAAGAUUAUACUCCUUUCGAAUUCUCAGUAUAAUUUAAAAUUUUUGGAGUAUUUCGGUGAAGGCGAAAUAUUACAAUUGGAUUGUAAUAUAACGGAUUCCCAUAACUCUAAUGUUUUUCACAUUGAGCAUAUACAAAAAAUAUUAGAAAGAGAUCGUCACACAAAUAUACGAAGUCAGUUAAAUUAUACUAACUACACCAAUAUGCCGCCGUUGAUUAACGGUAAUUAUUUCAAUGUGGACCGUGUUCUUGAAAGUUAUGAGCAAACUGGUGCAGAUCAAGCUUUAGAAACAUUUUUGUAUAUGGUUCGAAGCGAAAAUAUUUCUAUAGACUAUAGGCACACUAUAUCGGGAAAAACGGCAUUAAUUAUAGCUGCUAAACUUGGAAAUGUGGCACACAUAAAAUUGUUACUGGACAAAUUUGCUGAUCCCUAUAUCAUGGAUAAGCAAAAUCUUAAUGCUUUAUCCAACGCGAUGGCUGGAGGAAAUAUGAUGUGUAUAGAAGUGCUAACCAAUUCUGCAAAUAUGAAUCGUGCGAAUCCCACGGAUCUAGAUUACAGUUUAGUAACUGAUCUUAUUAGUGUUUUGAUGACAAGUUCAAAAUGGGAGCCUGGUAAUAUAAUUGUUAUAGUAGCUGAUUACGAACAACUAUUGCGUGUAAACUACUGGGUAUUACGAUGUAAAAUGAUUGGGGAUAUACCACAAGAAGUUGCAAUAUAUAUGCUGCAUAAAAAUAUUGAGAAGGAUCAGUUAGAUAAGGCCAUAGAAGGAACAAACGAUUGUAUAAAUAUUAUAAUUGCCACAGACAUUGUCGAAAGUAUCAUUCCAAAAUUUUCAAUUAACUAUAUUAUUGAUUUGGCUCGAACACGAAGAAUGUUAUAUAAUCCCGAUACGGGAUAUAAAGAACUUGCAUAUGAUUGGAUAGCGGCAGAAGCUCUUGAAAAUCGUGCACGUCUAACAAGUCGCAUAGGCGCAGACGUAAAAUGUUUUCGUUUUAUUCCUACUUUCCUGGUGGACAUACUGCCGAAAACUUAUGCAGCAGAAUUACUAACCAUGCCGUUGGAUCGUGUUUGUUUAACUGUAAAGUUAUUGUCACCACAUACUAUGGUUUCCGAAUACUUGCAAUCGACCAUUUCUAGACCACCUUUUAUUCACAUCCAUAACACUGUUGAGUUUCUGAAGAAAAUAUACGUUUUUGAUGAACUGGAAGAAGUCACAUGGUUGGGAUGUCGCCUAAUUGAUGUACCCAUUGAUUGCCAGUUGGGAAAGCUGCUCGUUUUCGCAAUACUUUUACAAUGUUUAGAUCCCGUACUGACAAUUGUAAGUUUUUUGUCAACAAUUGAUCCACUCGAAUUACCUACUGAGACAGGUAAUAAGCGCCUUGCUGCAGUCGAACGGGUACGUUCUAAAAUUAAAGCUGAACGCCAACGAUUAGCCGAGAAUAUACUUUCGGAUCAUUUAAUAUAUUUGCGUUUAUAUCAAGAAUGGCAAAACAAUUUGCGUGAUGAUAAUCCCGAAAUGGUACUAAUAGAUGAGAAUGAUUAUGUUUUAAAUGGAAUUUUGGAAAAAGUUUGCGAUAUUCGUACACAUUUAGUAGGCGCCUUGCGAUCAUCACAACUUAUACAUAAUCAAGGGCAAUUGAGUAUGCAUUACAUAAAUUUAAAAUCAAAUAGCUGGCCUAUGAUUAAAGCGACACUUGUGGCCGGCCUCUAUCCACAUCUCUGCAUAGUGGACACUUAUGAAGGACGGAUUAAAUGUAAUAGCCCUAAGGAACUUGUUAUUCAUCCAACUUCAGUACUUGGUGAGCUCACUAUCGGGUCAUUAAACACCAAAGCACGACCAUUUCCUUCCAACUGGAUUGUUUACGGAAACGAUAUAAAUUGCAUUAACUGUAAUAGCACCAGAUGUUGUUCCUUGGUAUCACCAUUAACAGUUGCCAUGUUCGCAGGUCCACCCAAGAUAGAUUCAUCAAACGUAUGCCACUUGAAUGUAGCAGGGAACUACCUUGGAACUGGAAGCAUUAUCCAUAAAAAAGAAGCAACAAUGUCAGUAUUUUAUGUGGAUGAUUGGAUCGAAAUCAGAAUGGAGCAUGCAACAGCUCAACUUCUACUAAAAACCCGACAAUACUUUUACUGCGCAUAUAUGAAUUUUUUGCAAAAUUGUGGUAGCAUAGACAAGUGGCGACGUACUAAUUCAUUUCUAGCUGCAGUUUCCCGUUUAUUCGAUACGUUGGAAAGAGUAUUUGCAUUCGAAGACCAGGCGUGUGGCUUUAUAAAACCACUGAAUAUAGGAUUGCGCCCUAAGGCGGUGCCUAACAAAUUUAUAACUUCGUUUAAUGCUGUUAUAAGCUGGAAUGGUGACACGUCUAUGCAUAGAGAAGGCACUUCAAAGCGUGUUGAAUUAAAGAAUAAAUGUCAGACUGUAGAGUGUGGAAAGCGAGAUCUUAAGUUUGCAUGUUUGCAAAAACAGUUUUUCGCAGUUUAUAUUUCCCAGUCGGAGUUGGUAUUUCGCAAGUAUCCACAAGACUGGAUGCGCGAUGCUGUUGCAAAGGUUAUUGAGCCUUGCUUAAGGAGGGACAGAUUAACAUUUGUAAUUCUAUACAACAAGAAUCCUGAUCAGUUUUGCAUGGUGGCACUUGCUGCAAAGACAUAUGGUAUAUUCAAAUUACAAGAGUACUUUAAAAACAAAGUAUCUAUGAAUGAAUUACUAAAAAUUUGCUCCAGACAAAAUAUUUGCGUGCCUUUAUUCAAUGAGAAACGGAACGCUUUUCAUGUUGAUGCGGUAGUGGGCAAGCUUAUUUUGGAUCUAUUUGCCUUUCGUAAUAAUUGGCUGGAAAAUAAGUAAAGGUUGUAUUUAGGUUUUAUUUAAAUACGGUUUUAAAAAUAAAAUAAGUUGAAAAUGCGUCGAUUAGGUAUGUACGAAUAUAAAAUACCUACAUAUAUAUUUUUAAAUUAUGUUUGAGUUGCUGUUGCCUUGUUUUUAAACUUUUAACCUGAAAUAAUGAAGUAAUUUUUUUUUAAAUAAAUACAGUGAGUUCAGUAAAAUUGAGCAUGGAAUUGAAAAAAUUAGCAUUUGACUGCGUACAGAUGUGGAAGAUUAAAUUGUCGCAAGUAGUAGUUUUUGGAAGAGGGAGCGACUAAAAAUAUUGUUUAAAAUCUACACAGAUACUAUGUUGCUACUUUUGUCUAUGUGAUUUUUAGCUUUUGCCAUCGGGAAAAAGUCGCUUAUAAACAUGCGCAUACGUGAAGAGAUAUAAACUAUGGCAUUAAGCAAUCUGCAAUUUUUUAAUCGGUUGUUUUUAAAAUGUCUUGAAACACCCUAAUAGUCUUCUUUUCUGCUUCUUUGCAAAACGAGGAACUGUUAGACCAGAGAACUUAGAAGGACGAGAUGGUGCAAAUUGAAUUUUGUAUGAUACUCGAUUGGACGGCUAACAUAGCUUAAAAAUUGAGAUCAAGGAGUUCACCAUUUUCUGUAGUAUUUGCGGUUAUUUAACAGAAAUGAGAAUUUAUAACAACGUUCUCUGAAAAAAUACGUUUCUCCCAACAUCCUUGAUACUGUGCUGACUCUACAUAAAUUGUUCUCUGAAACGAUA